AGAAAGAGCCGGGAAUGGUCUGGGGAUCAUGGUGGGGGAGCGUGCUGGAGGCCUAAAUUCCUAGUUGUGGAGGUGCUGGGAAAUUGUGGGACGGGGGAGAGAGGUGUUUAUAAGAUCUGGUGCAAAAUAAAUAAGGAAUCGUAGAGAACGAUUAGAUCCUGAGUGGGUCAUAACAGAAGGAUCACAGGGUUCUACUUGACUGUGCUAGGAAAGAAACACUGUGGGAAAGAUGUUUUGUUGUCAGAGGGAAGGUGGAGAAGGACGAUGGGGUGGCAGGAUCGUGGUGUGGGGUGUGCAAGGUGGCUGGGGGCAAGUGUGGGGCAAGAGAUGGUGGAUCCUUGGGGUCCCACUGAGUGGGAACUUUGGGGAAGAGACAGGGAGGUCCUGGAAUGUGUUGGGGAAGGACUCACUGGGGGGAAAUGUGGCGUAUUUCGAGAAGUGAUCACAGAAAUUAUGGGAGCGUAGAGCUGAGGGUCGUAGAUGUAGCAAGGCCCUGGAUAAGGUGGCCAUGGCACAAAAUAAGAGAUGCUACGGAGGUGACUUGGGAGGUGAGUCAGAAAACUCUCCGUGUUGGGGCAAUAACGGGGUCAAUAUGGGGCGUAUCUGCCCCUGGGCGGGAUGGAUAGAAGCGGGAGGUUUAGGGUUAGACCAAAAGGAAGAGGAUUUGUCAGUUCUGGGACCCUACAAACUUGCGAAGUGGAGAGUGUUUGCUCAUCUACUUUCCCCACCCAAUCCUGUCCACUCCUAGACAUGACACGGAGCCAAGAGGAUGAGAACAAGAUAAUUGGUGGCUAUACAUGCACCCGGAGCUCCCAGCCGUGGCAGGCGGCCCUGCUGGUGGGUCCCGGGCGCCGCUUCCUCUGCGGAGGUGCCCUGCUUUCAGACCAGUGGGUCAUCACCGCUGCUCACUGCGGCCGCCCGAUCCUUCAGGUCGCCCUGGGUAAACACAACCUGAGGAGGUGGGAGGCCACCCAGCAGGUGCUGCGCGUGGUUCGCCAGGUGACGCACCCCGACUACAACUCCCGGACCCACGAAAACGACCUCAUGCUGCUGCGGCUCCAGCAGCCCGCGCGGAUCGGGAGGGCAGUCAGGCCCAUUGAGGUCGCCCAGGCCUGUGCCAGCCCCGGGACCUCCUGCCGAGUGUCAGGCUGGGGAACUAUAUCCAGCCCCAUCGCCAGGUACCCUGCCUCUCUGCAAUGUGUGAACAUCAACAUCUCACCGGAUGAGGUGUGCCAGAAGGCCUAUUCUAAAGCCAUCACGCCUGGCAUGGUCUGUGCAGGAGUUCCCCAGGGCGGGAAGGACUCUUGUCAGGGUGACUCUGGGGGACCCCUGGUGUGCAGAGGACAGCUCCAGGGCCUUGUGUCUUGGGGAAUGGAGCGCUGCGCCCUGCCUGGCUACCCUGGUGUCUACACCAACCUGUGCAAGUACCGAAGCUGGAUUGAGGAAACGAUGCGGCACAAAUGAUGAUCUUCAUGGUGGGAUGGAUCUCAUCAGCUGCCCAGGCCCUCCUCUCUCCACUCAGGCCCCAGCCCCUCCUCCCUCAGACCCAGGAGGACAGGCCCAGCUCCUCCUCCCUCAGACCCAGGAGCCCCAGUCCCCAGCAACCUGAUCUUUACUCCAGCUCCGAUCUCUCCUUUCCCAGAUCAGUUGCUUCAAGCGUUUUCUCCCCACCAUGCCCCCACCCUUGCUGUGUCACCAUCACUACUCAAGACCAGAGGCACAGAGGGCAGGAGCACAGACACCUUAAACCGGCAUUGCAUUCCAGAGAAGACAAUUUUUAACACGCUUAGUGUCUCUAAAAACCGAAUAAAUAAUGACAAU